AAAUCAAUUUCACAUGUACGUACGUGUCAGUUGUUUAGUUUAUUAGAAAGAUAUAGUUUUUUAAUAUUAAAUUGAGAAUGUAUGAUUUAUAUACUUUGUAUAUUUAAGUAUUUAAUAUUUACAACGUUCGCGUAUUAUUUUAAUUAUUAAUUAUUUGAUUUUUCAUAAAGGAAUAUGAAGAAAUUUUUGAUCAUAGUUGCUACUUUGCACCUUUGUAUUUUUGUACAAUCAACAGAGAUAGAUCCAAAAUAUCUCAAAUGUUUAGUUUGUAGAGCCACUAUGGAUGAACUAAAAACUGAAUUAGGAAAGAUCGACCCUUCAAUAGAGAUAGAUAUUGGAAAUUAUAGGAUGGAUGCUAAAGGAAAUAGUAUUACAAAGAAAGUAUCUAAGGCACGUUCUGAAAUCCAUAUUUCUGAAACUAUUGAUGAAAUUUGUGAGAAAAUGUCGGAUUAUGUGAGAGCGACAUAUAAAACAAAUGGUCAAUUAACAAUCUUAAAUCUUAUGAGUUCUUCUGGUGUUAUGAAUCCGGAAAUGAGUAAAGUCGAUUUAAUUCAAGAUAAUGAUUUAAAUAAGAGCCUGAAAUAUUAUUGCGAAGGUAUAGUAGAAGAAUUUGAAGAACCUAUAAUCUCUUUGUUUAGUAAAGGAGAUACUAUUAUCAGAAGAAAAUUAUGUACGGAUAUUGCAAAGAUUUGCGAUUCAGAAGACUUUCUUAACGAAGAUGGUAUAAAUAACGACGAAGAUAACAAGAUAGAAAUAAAUGAUGAAUUAUGAUCUCUAUGUAAUACUUGAAAAGAUUAUAUGAAUAUAUUUUUUAUAUAAAUGUAUACAUAUACAUAUA